AUGCCUGGGCUCGUGGGGGUGGAAAAGCCUCCAAGAAACUUGGUAGCCUGGAAGCCACUGAAUGCUUGUGGAAGGAUGCAGCAGCCCUAUUUUAUGGACAAAAAUCAGAUGGUAAAGGAGUGGAAAGCAGAUCAGUUGACCGAAGGUGAAAAUGCAAUCGUACCUGAGGACUUGAACUGGUCUGGCGAGGAAAGUCACUGGGCUGUCAGCUAUUGUGGUCAUUCAUCCUCUGGUGACUCAGAUACAAGAAACUCACUCUUUGGCCUUGGAUUUGGUGCCUCAGAAGAAUCUGAAUACAAGUCGAGAAAACGUCAGAGCACUGGCAGUUUAACGUUAGCAGGAAAUGGCUUUAAAAAACUACCAAAAGGAGAAUCAGGUGGCUUUUUUUAUGGUCGUUCAUCCUCUGGUGACUCAGACACAAGAAACUCACUCUUUGGUCUUGGAUUUGGUGCUUCAGGAGAGUCUGAAUACAAGUCAAGAAAACAUCAGAACACUGGCAGUUUAACGUUAGAAGACUCAACAGGAGGUGGCUUUUUUUAUGGUAGUUCAUCCUCUAGUGAUUCAGACACUAGAAACCCACUCUUUGGCUUUGGCAUUGAUGCUCCAAGGGAGGAUGAAGACAAGUCGAGAGGACGUCGGGACACUGACAGUUUAGCAUUAGAAGACUCGACAGCAGUUGAAACCAAUUCAGCAGGUGACAUUGCCAACAGUGUCUCUGAUGGCAUGGAAGUUGGUGGUACUUCUUCAACUCAAAUUGAAAUUGAUAGGGAUCUAUCUGACCAAAAUGAAUUUGAUGCCAAUGCAGAAUAUGGACUAGCUGGAUCUCAUUUUGCUGCCAGGGAAACAGAUAUUUUAAUGGGAAAGUUCUGGCUACUUGAUUUUGGGCCUGGAGAAAGGAAAAGUGGAACCGAAUUUGGUUUUGAAGAUUCUAGUUCAAAUCAACUUGGUGACAAUGCCUAUAGUGGUAAAGCCUUUGAUGGAAAUAUAUUAGGUAGUUUGGGAGGUUCUAGUUCCAGUGUGCUAGCAGGUGCCUCAAGUGCAAAAAAUGGGAUUGAAUAUUCUGAUGGUGUCUCUGAAGAUUCAGGAGUCAAUUGGGGGUCACCUGAUCAACAGGGAUUUGAAUUCAGUGGAAUUGUUGGGACUAGAAAGAGAAACAGUGACUCUGCUGAGGCUGGAUACUUGAGUCCUAGGUCUGAUGUCAGUGACUCAGGAGGAAAGACUUGGUCUUCUGGUUCUGGAAGUGGAGGCUGAGGUGUCACAAGCUCAUCUGAAUACAGUACAUCUGGAUCACUCAGUAUUCCAGAAAAAGGAUCGCAUAUUCCAGAAGCAACUCCGAAAUACUCAGAAACAAAUGCAAUUAUUGGUGAAGCUGCUACCUGGGGCAAAGGCGCAUAUAAAGCUUUCAAUGGCCGCAUCUUUUCCUUUGAAUCUUCAUGCGCGUACACUUUCUGCCGUCACUGCGUUCAAUCUGGAGAUUUCAAUAUUGAGAUCAAACGAAACAAUGACAGUGAGAUUGAAAAAAUAACAGUUCUAAUUGACAAUAAUGACAUCUCUAUUUUUGGUGAUCUUAUUUUAGUUAAUGAAGAAAGUGUACAGAUACCGUAUAACAAUAAGUUGAUUCGCAUUAAAAAAUAUGGAGAAUACAAUGUCCUGAAUAGCCGUAGAGGAAUCCUUUCUUUAAUGUGGGACAAAGAUAAUAAACUCUCACUCACUCUUCACAAGCAAUAUCCAACUUGUGGUCUUUGUGGUAACUUCAACACCACUCCAGGGUCAGAUAUUAAUGAGCACAUUGCCAAUAGUAAGAUUCCUGGUGAUUGUCCCAGUGCUAUUAGUAAAAGCUAUGAAGUUUGUGAAGAUGGAGUACAGUAUUGUAACAAAAUUAUUUUAACCUACUUUGAGAAAUGUGGAAAGGUUGCCACUUUAUCCAAUGACUAUAAAAUGAUCUGCAUUGAUGAGUACUGCCAAACUAGAGACAAAAAUUCUACAUGUGACACGUAUUCAGAAUUGUCCCGCCUCUGUGCCUCAGAUGGUCCUGGCACCUUUGAAUCUUGGAGAAACGAUUUCAGUGUGGUCUGCGAAAAACCUAGCUGCCCAGAACAACAUAUCUACAAAGAAUGUGGACCCUCCAAUCCUGCAACUUGUUCUAAUGUGGCACCUUUUCAAGACAGUGAAUGUGUGAGUGGCUGCACCUGCCCAGAAGGUUAUCUAUUGGAUGAUAUUGGAGUGAAAGGAAAAUGUGUAUUGAAGGCUGAAUGUCCCUGUGAAUCCAAUGGAAAAGUGUAUCAGUCAGGAGAAGUCCGAGAAGGUCCUUGUGGUUCCCAGUGCACGUGCCAAGAAGCAAAGUGGUCUUGCACUGAAGCAUUAUGUCCUGGAAGAUGUAAGGUGGAAGGAAGUUCACUUACCACCUUUGAUGGUAUUAAAUACAACCAUCCUGGAAACUGUUACUUCUUGGCCAUUCACGAUAAAGACUGGUCUGUUAGUGUUGAGCUUCGUCCGUGUCCAAGUGGUCAGACAGGAACAUGCUUAAAUAGUGUUACACUUCUCUUGAAUUCUUCUGUUUCAGUUGACAAAUACAUAUUCAACAGAGAUGGAACAGUCACAAAUGACAAGAUCAGAAAUCAAGGUUAUUAUUAUUCAGAUAAAAUACAGAUCUUCAAUGCAUCUUCCUCAUAUCUUCAAGUAGAAACAUACUGUCAUGUAAAAAUGCAAAUACAAAUCAUUCCUGUGAUGCAAUUAUAUGUUUCCAUGCCACCCAAUCAAUUUACAGACACUGUAGGACUCUGCGGCUCCUACAACAACAAAGCGGAGGAUGAUUUCAUGUCAAGUCAGAAUAUAUUGGAGAAGACAUCUCAGGCAUUUGCUAGCUCUUGGGAAAUGACGUCUUGUCCUAAAGGAGACCCCGCUUCAUGUAUCAGUAUAGAAAAAGAAAAGUUUGCUGAAAAGGAAUGUGGGAUUCUUCUUGAUUCAACUGGGCCUUUUGCUUCCUGCCAUCCAAUUGUGAACCCUAAGCCCUAUCAUGAGGAAUGCAAAAAAUACACUUGCUCUUGUGAAAACAGUCAAGAUUGCCUGUGUACGAUUUUAGGAAACUAUGUGAAAGCAUGUGCUGAGAAGGAAACCUACAUAGCAGGAUGGAGAAUGGGACGUUGUGAACACUCUUGCCCGAGUGGCCUAGUUUUCAAGUACAACGUAAAAGCCUGCAAUAGUUCUUGCCGAUCACUGUCAGAGAGAGAUAGGAGCUGUGAUGUAGAAGAUGUCCCAGUUGAUGGAUGCACCUGCCCUGAUGGAAUGUACCAGAAUAAUGAAGGAAACUGUGUUUCAAAAUCUCAGUGUGACUGCUACAUAAAUGACGAGGUCAUGCAACCAGGCAAACUCAUCCAUAUUGGUGAUAAUAAAUGCGUCUGUCAGGAUGGAAUUCUUCAGUGCCAGAUUCCCAUUGAUUUAACUCUACAAAAUUGUUCUGGAGGGGCUGAGUAUGUAGACUGCAGUGAUCCCAAGGCACAGAGUACAAUUGACAGAACAUGUAGCACUCGGAACAUACCUACUUUUGGUGAGGACUUGCCUUGCAAACGUGGGUGCUACUGUCCAGAAGGAAUGGUUCGAAAUUCUAAAGGAAAAUGUGUCUUUCCUGAUGACUGCCCAUGCUCUUUUGGUGGACAAGAAUAUGACCAAGGAAGUGUCACUUCAGUUGGCUGCAAUGAAUGUACUUGCAUAAAAGGGGCUUGGAGCUGUACACAAAAUGAAUGUCAGACUACCUGCCACAUUUAUGGGGAAGGUCACGUUAGAACUUUUGAUGGGAAGAGUUACAGCUUUGAUGGUCUCUGCCAGUAUUCAUUUCUUGAGGAUUAUUGUGGUGGUGAAAAUGGCACAUUUCGUAUUUUGACUGAGAGUGUCCCAUGCUGUGAAGAUGGGCUUACAUGUUCAAGAAAAAUCAUAGUUGCUUUUCAGGAUCAGAAUGUUGUCUUGCAAGAUGGUAAAGUAACAGCAAUCAAAACUACAGAAAAUAAAGAAUGUGAACUUAAGACAAAUGCAUACUCCAUACAUACUGUUGGCCUGUACUUGAUUCUGAAAUUUCUAAAUGGAAUAAUCAUUAUAUGGGACAAAAAUACAAGACUGUCUGUUAUACUGGAUCCAAGCUGGAAUGGCAAAGUGUGUGGUCUUUGCGGAAAUAACAAUGGCGAUCUCAAGGAUGAUUUCACAACAAGAUACUCAUCAGUAGCUGCUGGAGCACUGGAAUUUGGAAACAGUUGGAAAACAAGUCAAGAAUGUUCAGACACAGUAACUCAAAGUUUCCCAUGUGACUCAAACCCAUACUGCAAAGCCUGGGCUGUGCGGAAAUGUGAGAUCAUCAGAGACAGCACCUUCAGAGACUGCCACAACAAGGUUGACCCAAGUGCUUACUAUGACGCAUGCAUUGAAGAAGCCUGCGCGUGCGACAUGGAGGGGAAGUACCUUGGAUUCUGCACUGCUGUGGCUAUGUAUGCAGAGGCAUGUGGUGCAGUUGGGGUCUGUGUCUCCUGGAGAAAACCAAAUCUGUGUCCUGUCUACUGUGAUUAUUACAAUGCACCUGGGGAAUGCAGCUGGCAUUAUGAACCUUGUGGUACAGUGGCUGCAAAAACAUGCAAAGAUCGUGUCAUUGGCCAGAAAUUUUCUUCACUUUUAGAGGGUUGUUACGCUAAGUGCCCAGACAGUGCCCCCUAUCUGGACGAGAACACCAUGAAGUGUGUCAGUUUAACUGAGUGCAGCUGCUUCUAUAAUGAUAUCAUACCAGCAGGGGGAGUGAUUGAAGAUAAUUGUGGAAGAACCUGCUAUUGUAUUGCAGGAGAGUUGGUGUGCAGUGACACUGUUCCUACAAAUUCAACGUUUGCAGUUUCCUCUACAACAGCUACCUCCAUAUUAAGCACUGGCGCAGCAAUUACAUUGGUUACCAGUAGCUCACACACAGCAGCAUCCAUUCCAGGGAUUACAACAUCAAGCAGUGAAACAAUAGGAACAACUCCUUUCACUGAACCUUUUACUACAGGCAUUACUAGAACUUCAGUUCCCAUCACCUCAGCAGCUGGAAGUGCAGGCACGACAGGAGUAGCAAGCCCCACCUUCCCCAGUGCUGGGGGCAUAUCAGGAACGACUGGAAGAGCAGAUGCAACCACCACUGGAGCUGCUGGUGAAAAUACAUCUGGAAGAACAGGCAAACCUGGUGUAUCAUCUGGAGCAACCCCCAGAAGCGGAGGUGACAGUACCCCUGGAGAAGCAGGUAUUGGAGCCACAGGUUCCGGGACCACAGGAGUUUAUGUAGUCUCCAUCACUGGCAGCCCUAGAGCCUCAGCUCUCCCAGCCACAACCUCUGAAAGCAGCAAAUCAGGGAUUGCUGGACCAUCAGUUGGUGAAACAACUGGAACCCCAAGCAUUGAAGUGACACCAUCUGCAGGCACAGCAGGUGAAACAGGACAGUCUGUUGGAACUACCACCAGAUCUGACAGUGACACAGCUAGAACAUCUUUCACUGGUUCCAGCCCACCUGGGAAACUCAGAAGUCCAGGCCCUGGCUCACUUAGUUACUUUAGUGGUCACUGUUGUUUUUUUCAAUUAGGAACAACUGGAGUGGGGAAUGCAGCCACCACUGGAGCUGCUGGUGAAAACACUUCCAGAGCAUCAGGUGGGACGGAAGGGUCUGUGGUAGCUACCACUGGAGCAGGCAGUGGGAACAUGGCUGGAACAGCAGGCAGGAAAAACAAGCACAUCUUACCAGUUCCUUACGCUGCGUGUUUUUUCUGAAAAAUCUCAGGCACACCUGCAGUAUCACCUGGAGCAACCCCUGGAGCUGGAGGUAAUAGCACCCACAGGGAACCAGACACUGGAACUGCAAGUCCUGGAAAGUCAGGGACCCCAGCAGUAUCUGGUGUCUCAGCCACCAGUAGCCCUGUGAGUGCAAACUUCAAUGCAGCCUCAGCAACAAUUUCUGGAAGCAAACUAGGUACACCUGAAACAUCAGGUGGUGCAACUAGUGGAGGUGAAAGUACACCUGGGUUGCCCAGCAGUGGUACUACCGCCAGCUCUUCACAUAAACCAGGGACAAGUGAAUCAUUAGCUGGAGAGACAAGGACAACUAGAUCAUCAGCUAAAGUGACAGGAAAUUAUGAACAAACAUCUAGAGUGACCUGGACAACUGGACUAUCAUCUAAAGUUUCAGGGACAAUGGGACCACCAGAUGUAGGAUCAGGAACAACUGGACCAUCAGCUGGAGUAACAGGGACUUCUGGACAAUCAUCAGGAGUCACAGGGCUAACUGAACCAUCAGUUAGAAAAUCAGGGCCAACUAGACCACCAAAUGAAGGAUCAACAACAAUUGAACAAUCCUCUGCAGGAGUAGGUACAACUAGAUCAUCAGCUGAGGAAUCAGGAACAACUGGACUAUCAAUUAAAGGAACAGGAACAACUGGACUAUCAAUUAAAGGAACAGGAACAACUUCACAAUCAUCUGGAGAGACAGGGACUACUGGGCCAUCAGCUGAAGAAUCAGGAACAACAAGACCAUCUGUUACAGGGUUAGGAACAAUUGGACCAUCUAUUGUAGCAUCAGGGACAACUGGAUCAUCAUUUGGAGAAUCAGGAACAACUGUGCCAUCAUUAGAAGAAUCAGGGACAACUAGACUAUUAGGUGAGGGAUCAACAAAAAAUGAAUUAUCCUCUGUAGAAACAGGUAUGACUAGACCAUCAACUGGAGAAUCAGGAACAACUGAGCCAUCAGAUGAAGGAUCAGGAACAAGACCAUCAAUUAUAGGGUUAGGAACAACUAGGCCAUUUUUCAUAGAAUCAGGGACAACUGGAUCAUCAGUUGGAAAAUCAGGGACAACUGGACCAUUACCUGGAGGAUCAAGGACAACUGAACCAUUUUUUGUAGGAUCAGAGACAACUGGGCCAUCUGUAGGAGAAUCAGGGAAAACUAGACCAUCAGCUGAAGGAUCAACAACAAUAGAACCAUUCUCUGCAGGAACAGGAAUAACUAGACCAUUAGCUGAGAAAUCAGGAACAACUGGACAAUCAUUUGGAGUGACAGGGACUACUGAACUAUCAGCUGAAGGAUCAGGAACAACAAGACCAUCUGUUAUAGGUUCAGGAACAACUAGGCCAUCUGUUAUAGGAACAGAAACUUUUGGACAAUCAGUUGGAGGAUCAGAGACAACUAAACAAUCAGCUUCAGUGACAGGGACAACUGGCAAAUCACCUGGAGUGACAGAGAUUGGUGGGCCAUCAUCUGGAGGGUCAGGGAAAACUGGACCAUCUGCUAGAGUGACAGGUUCAAUUGGCCCUUCUGUUGAAGUGACAGGGACAACUGGAGUCUCAGCUGGAGGGACAGGGGUGACUGGAUCAUCACCUGGAGUAAUAGAGACAACUAGACUCUCACCUGGAGUAACAGGGACAACUAGACCACCAUCUGGAGUGACAGAGAUAUCUCGGCCAUCCUCUGUAGAAUCAGGGACAAAUGGACCAUCUGCUGGAGUGACAGGUUCAACUGGAUCAUCAGCUGGAGUGACAGGGACAACGGGGCUCUCAGCUGGAGUGACAGGGACCAAUGGACAAUCAGUGAAAUUGGUAGAGACAAGUGGACCAUCUGCUGGAGUUACAGGUUCAACUGGAGUCUCAGCUGGAGUGACAGGUUCAAGUGGACCAUUGGCUGGAGUGACAGAGACAACUGGUCCAUCAGGUGGACUGACAGGAAAAACUGGACUCUCAGCUGAGAAGACAGGGACCACUGGCAGUGAAAGUGGAGGGACCAGUGGAACAUCUGUUGGAGUUACAGGUUCAACUGGUCCAUCAGGUGGACUGACAGGAAAAACUGGACUCUCAGCUGAGAAGACAGGGACCACUGGACAAUCAGUGAAAGUGGCAGGGACCAGUGGAACAUCUGUUGGAGUUACAGGUUCAACUGGACUCUCAGCUACAGUGACAGGUUCAAGUGGACCAUUUUCUGGAGUCACAGGUUCAGGUGGACCCUCAGCUAGAGUGACAGGGAAAACUGGACUAUCAGCUGGAGUUGCAGCGACAACUGGACAAUCAGUUAAAGUGGCAGGUACCAGUGGACCAUCUUCUGGUGAUACAGAAUCAAGUGGACCAUUUUCUAUAGUGACAGGUUCUAGUGGACCAUCAGCUGGAGUGACAGGAACAACUGGACUAUCUUCUGCUGGAGAGACAGGUUCAACUGGAUUCACAGCUGCAGUGACAGGAACAACAGAAAUUUCUGUCGGUGUGACAGGGAUCACUGGACAAUCAGUGAAAGUGGCAGGUACCAGUGGACCAUCUGCUGGAGUUACAGGUUCAACUGGACUAUCAGAUGGAGUGACAGGAAAAGCUGAACUUUCAGCCAGAGUGACAGGGACAACUGGACAAUCAGUUAAAGUGACAGUGACCAGUGGACCUUCUGGAGUGACAGGAUCUAGUGGACCAUCAGCUGGAGGGACAGGGACAACUGGACUCUCAGCUGGAGUGACAGGGAUGACUGGAAAAUUGUCUGGAGUGACAGGUUCAACUGGACUCACAGCUGGGGUAACAGGAACAACGGGGCUUUCAGCUGGAGUGACAGGGACAACUGGACAAUCAAUGAAAGUGGCAGGGACCAGUGGACCAUCUGCUGGAGUGACAGGUUCAAGUGGACCAUCAGCUGGAGUGACAGGGACAACCGGACUCUCAGCUGGAGUCACAGGGAUAAUGGGACUAUCAGCUGGAGUGACAGGAACAACCAUAGUUUCUGCCAGAGUGAUAGGGUCCACUGAACAAUCAGUUAAAGUGACAGGGACCAGUGGACCCUCUGGAGUGACAAGUUCGACUGGAUUGACAGCUGAGGUGACAGGAACUACCGGGCUUUCAGCUGCAGUGACAGGGAUCACUGGACAAUCAGUGACAGUGGCAGGGACCAGUGUUCCAUCUGCUGGAGUGACAGGUUCAAGUGGACCAUCAGCUAGAGUCACAGGGACAUUUGGACUAUCAGGUGGAGUGACAUCAACAAGUGGACAACCAAUUGAAGUGGCAGGUACCAGUGAACCAUCUGGGGUUGUUACAGGUUCAAGUGGAUCAUUUUCUCGAGUGACAGCUUCAAGUGGACCAUCAGGAACAGUUACAGGGACAACUAAACUAUCAGCUGGAGUUACAGAGACAACUGGACAAUCAGUGAAAGUGGCAGGGACCAGUGGACCAUCUGGAGUGACGGGUUCAACNNNNCCAUCUGCUGGAGUGACAGGGACAACCAGACUCUCAGCUGGAGUGACAGGGACAACUGGAGUAUCAGGUGGAGUGACAGCCACAGGUGGACAAUCAAUUGAAGUGGCAGGUACCAGUGAACCAUCUGGAGUUGUUACAGGUUCAAGUGGAUCAUUUUCUCGAGUGACAGCUUUAAGUGGACCAUCAGGAACAGUGACAGGGACAACUAAACUAUCAGCUGGAGUUACAGAGACAACUGGACAAUCAGUGAAAGUGACAGGGACCAGUGGACCAUCUGGAGUGACGGGUUCAACUGGAUUCACAGCAGGAGUGACAGGAACAACAGGAAUUUCAGCCAGAGUGAGAGGAAUCACUGGACAAUCAGUGAAAGUGGCAGGUACCAGUGGACCAUCUGCUGCAUUUACAGGGUCAACUGGACUAUCAGCUGGAGUGACAGGAAAAACAGAACUUUCAGCCAGAGUGACAGGGACAACUGGACAAUCAGUUAAAGUGACAGUGAGUGGACCAUCUGGAGUCACAGGUUCAACUGGAUUCACAGCUGGAGUGACGGGAACAACAGGGCUUUCAGCUGGAGUGACAGGGAUCACUGGACAAUCAGUGAAAGUGGCAGGGACCAGUGGACCAUCUUCUGCAGUGACAGGUUCAAGUGGACCAUCAGCUGGAGUGACAGGGACAACCGGACUCUCAGCUGGAGUGAGAGGGACAACUGGACUCUCAGCUGGAGUGAUAGGAACAACUGUACUUUCCACCAGAGUGAUGGGGACCACUGGACAAUCAGUUAAAGUGACAGGGAGCAGUGGACCAUCUGGAGUGACAGGUUCGACUGGAUUGACAGCUGAGGUGACAGGAACUACCGGGCUUUCAGCUGCAGUGACAGGGAUCACUGGACAAUCAGCGACAGUGGCAGGGACCAGUGCACGUUCAAGUGGAUCAUUUUCUCAAGUGAGAGCUUCAAGUGUACCAUCAGCUACAGUGACAGGGACAAGUAAACUAUCAGCUGGAGUUACAGAGACAACUGGACAAUCCGUGAAAGUGGCAGGGACCAAUGGACCAUCUGGAGUGAUGGUUUCAACUGGAUUCACAGCAGGAGUGACAGGAACAACAGGAAAUUCAGUUGGAGUGACAGGGAUCACUGGACAAUCAGUGAAAGUGGCAGGUACCAGUGGACCAUCUGCUGGUGUUAGAGGGCUUUCAGCUGGAGUGACAGGGAUCACGGGACAGUCAGUGAAAUUGGCAGAGACCAGUGGACAUUCUGCAGUGACGAGUUCAACUGGGUUCACAGCUGCAGUGACAGGAAAAACAGGGCUUUCAGCUGCAGUUACAGGGAUCACUCGACAAUCAGUGAAAGUAGCACGGACCAGUGGAUCAUCUGCUGGAGUGACAGGUUCUACUGGACCAUUAUCUGCAGUGACAGCUUCAAGUGAUCCAUCAGCUGGAGUGACAGGGACAACCAGACUCUCAGCUGGAGUGACAGGGAGGACUGGACAAUCAGUUGAAGUGGCAGGUACCAGUGCACCAUCUGCUGGUAAUACGGGAUCAAGUGGAACAUUUUCUGUAGUGACAGGAUCUAGUGGACCAUCAGCUGGAGGGACAGGGACAACUGGACUCUCAGCUGGAGUGACAGGGAUGACUGGAAAAUUGUCUGUAGUGACAGGAUCUAGUGGAUUCACAGCUGGAGUGAUAGGAACAACGGGGCUUUCAGCCGGAGUGACAAGGACAACUGGACAAUCAGUGAAGGUGGCAGGGACCAGUGGACCAUCUGCUGGAGUGACAGGUUCAAGUGGACCAUCAGCUAGAGUGACAACUGAGCAGUCAGUUAAAGUGGCAGGUACCAGCGGACCAUCUGCUGGUGUUACAGGUUCAAGUCGACCAUUUUCUGUAGUGACAGGUUCAAGUGGACCAUCAGCUGGAGUGACAGGGACAACCAGACUCUCAGCUGGAGUGACAGGGAGGACUGGAACGAGACAACUGGACAAUCAAGUGACGGGUUCAACUGGAUUCACAGCAGGAGUGACAGGAACAACAGGAAUUUCAGCUGGAGUGACAGGGAUCACUGGACAAUCAGUGAAAGUGGCAGGUACCAGUGGACCAUCUGCUAGAGUUACAGGGUCAACUGGACUAUCAGCUGGAGUAACAGGAAAAACUGAACUUUCAGCCAGAGUGACAGGGACAACUGGACAAUCAGUGAAGUUGGCACAGACCAGUGGACCUUCUGGAGUUACAAGUUCAACUGGGUUCACAGCUGCAGUGACAGGGAUCACUCAACAAUCAGUGAAAGUGGCAUGGACCAGUGCACCAUCUGCUGGAGUGACUGGUUCAACUGGAACAUUAUCUGCAGUGACAGCUUCAAGUGAUCCAUCAACUGUAGUGACAGGGACAAGUGGAUUCUCCGCUGGAGUGACAGGAACAACUGGAACAUUUUCUGGAGUGACAGGUUCAACUGGAUUCACCACUGGAGUGACAGGAACAACAGGAAUUUCAGCCGGAGUGACAGGGAUCACUGGACAAUCAGUGAAAGUGGCAGGUACCAGUGGACCAUCUGCUGCAUUUACAGGUUCAACUGGACUAUCAGCUGGAGUAACAGGAAAAACUGAACUUUCAGCCAGAGUGACAGGGACAACUGGACAAUCAGUUAAAGUGACAGUGACCAGUGGACCAUCUGGAGUCACAGGGGCAACUGGAUUCACAGCUGGAGUGACAGGAACAACAGGGCUUUCAGCUGGAGUGACAGGGAUCACUGGACAAUCAGUGAAUGUGGCAGGGACCAGUGGACCAUCUUCUGGAGUGACAGGUUCAAGUGGACCAUCAGCUGGAGUGACAGGGACAACCGGACUCUCAGCUGGAGUGACAGGGACAACUGGACUAUCAGCUGGAGUGAUAGAAACAGCUGUCCUUUCCGCCAGAGUGCUAGGGACCACUGGACAAUCAGUUAAAGUGACGGGGACCAGUGGACCAUCUGGAGUGACAAGUUCGACUGGAUUGACAGCUGAGGUGACAGGAAUUACUGGGCUUUCAGCUGCAGUGACAGGGAUCACUGGACAAUCGGCGACAGUGGCAGGGAACAGUGCACCAUCUGCUGGAGUGAGAGGUUCAACUGGACCAUUUUCUGGAGUGACAGGUUCAAGUGGACCAUCAGCUAGAGUGACAGGGGCAUCUGGACUAUCAGGUGAAGUGACAGCGACAAGUGGACAAUCAAUUGAAGUGGCAGGUACCAGUGGACCAUCUGGUGGUGUUCCAGGUUCAAGUGGAUCAUUUUCUCGAGUGACAGCUUCAAGUGGACCAUCAGCUACAGUGACAUGGACAACUAAACUAUCAGCUGGAGUUACAGAGACAACUGGACAAUCAGUGAAAGUGUCAGCCAGAGUGACAGGGACAACUGGACAAUCAGUUAAAGUGACAGUGAGUGGACCAUCUGGAGUCACAGGUUCAAUUGGAUUCACAGCUGGAGUGACAGGAACAACAGGGCUUUCAGCUGGAGUGACAGGGAUCACUGGACAAUCAACGACAGUGGCAGGGACCAGUGCACCGUCUGCUGGAGUGACAGGUUCAAGUGGACCAUCAGCUAGAGUGACAGGGACAACUGGACUAUCAGGUAGAGUGACAGCAGCAAGUGGACAAUCAAUUGAAGUUGCAGGUACCAGUGGACCAUCUGGUCCUGUUACAGGUUCAAGUGGACCAUUUUCUCAAGUGACCGGUUCAAGUGGACCAUUAGCUGGAGUGACAGGGACAACUGGACUCUCAGCUGGUGUGACAGGGACAAAUGAAACAUUUUAUGGAGUGACAGGUUCACGGGAAGCAUCAGCUUCAGUGACAGGAAAAACAGGGCUUUCAACUGCAGUGACAGGGAUCACUGGACAGUCAGUGAAAGUGGCAUGGACCACUGGACCAUAUGCUGGAGUGACAGGUUCAACUGGACCAUUAUCUGCAGUGACAGGUUCAAGUGAUCCUUCAGCUGGAGUAACACGGACAACUGGACUCUCAGCUGCAGUGAGAGGGACAACUGGAACAUUUUCUGGAGUGACAGGUUCAACUGGAUUCACAGCUGAAAUGACAAGAACAACAGGGCUUUCAGCUAGAGUGACAGGCAUCACUGGACAAUCAGUGAAAGUGGCAGGGACCAAUAGACCAUCUGCUGGAGUUACACGUUCAACUAGACUCUCAGCUGGAGUGGUAGAGUCUACUGAACAGUCAGUUAAAGAGGCAGGCACUAGUGGACCUUCUGCUGGAGAGACAGGUUCAAAUGGAUUGACAACUGGAGUGACAGGGACAAGGGGGCUCUCAGCUAGAGUCACAGGGAUCACUGCACAAUCAGUGAAAGUAGCAGGGACCAGUGGAUCAUCUGCCCUAGUUACUGAUUCCACUGGAAUCUCAGCUGCAGUGACAGGUUCAACUGGACCAUUUUCUGGAGUCACGGGUUCAAGUAGACCAUCAGCUGGAUUGACAGGGACAACUGGGCUCUCAGCUGGAGGGACAGGGACAACUGGACUAUCACCUGGAGUGAUAAGAACAACUGUACUUUCCGCCAGUGUGAUAGGGACCAGUGGACCAUCUGUAGUGACAAGUUCAACUGGAUUGACAGCUGGAGUGACCGGAACAACAGGGCUUUCAGCUGGAGUGACAGGGAUCACUGGACAGUCAGUGAAAGUGGCAGGGACCAGUGGACCAUCUGCUGGAGUGACAGGUUCAACUGGACCAUUAUCUGCAGUGACAGGCUCAAGUGGACCAUCAGCUAGAGUGACAGGGACAACCCGACUCUCGGCUGGAGAGACAGGGACAACCGGACUAUCAGCUGGAGUGACAGGAACAACUGUACUUUCGGCCAGAGGGAUAGGGACCACUGGACAAUCAGUUAAAGUGACAGGGACCAGUGAACCAUCUGGAGUGACCGGUUCAACUGGAUUCACAGCUGGAGUGACAGGAACAACAGGGCUUUCAGCCGGAGUGACAGGGAUCACUGGACAAUCAGCGACAGUGGCAGGGACCAGUGGACCAUCUGCGGGAGUUACAGAUUCAACUGGACUCUCAGCUGCAGUUAUAGGUUCAACUGGACCAUUUUCUGGAGUGACCGUUUCAAGUGGACCAUCAGCUAGAGUGACAGGGACAACUGGACUAUCAGGUGGAGUGACAGGAAUAACUGGACUUUCAGCUAGAGUGAUAGGCACAACUGGACAAUCAGUGAAAGUGGCAGGGACCAGUGGACUAUCUGCUGGAGUGACAGGUUCAACUCAGUCAUCAGCUGGAGUGACAGGGACAACUGAACUCUCAGCUGGAGUGACAGGAAAAACUGGACAAACAGCUGGAGUGACAGAGAUAACUGGACCAUCAUCUGGAAUAUCAGGGACUCCUGGACUAUCGGCUGGAGUGACAGGGACAACUGUACCAUCAGCUGGACCGACAGGUUCAACUGGACUCUCAGGUGAAGUUACAGGUUCAACUGGACUAUCAGCUGUAGUGACAGGGACAACCAGACAAUCUUUUAAAGGGACAGGGACCAGUGGAUCAUCCACUGGACUCAUAGGUUCAGCUAGACUAUCAGCUGGAGUGACAGCAACAAUUCGACCAUCAUCUAUAGUGACAAAGAUAACCGGGCCAUCAUCUGGAGGAUCAGAGAGAACAAGACCAUCUGCUAGAGUGACAGGGACAACUAGACCACCAUCUGGGGUGACAGAGAUAUCUGAUCCAUCUUCUGGAGGACUGAGGACAACAGUGUCAUCUGCUGGAGUGACAAGUUCAAUCGGACUCUCAGCUGGAGUGACAGUGACAACUGGACAAUCAGUUAACAUGACAGGGACUAGUGGACCAGCUUCUGGAGUGACAAGUUCAAUUGGACCACCAUCUGGUGGUACAGAGAUACCUGGUCCAUCAUCUGGAAAAUCAGGAACAACUGGACUAUCCACUGGCGUGACAGGUUCAACUGGACUCUCAUCUGGAGUGACAGGUUCAACUGGACCAUCAGCUGGAGUGACAGGGACAACUGGACCAUCCACUAGAUUGACAGGGAGUACUGGACCACCAUCUGGAGUGACAGAGAUAUCUGGGCCAUCUUCUGGAGAAUCAGGGACAACUGUAUCAUUUGCUGGAGCGACAGGUUCAACUGGACCAUCAAUUGGAGUAACAGGUUCAACUGAUGGUCCAUUUGCUGGAGUGACAGGUUCAACUGGACCAUCAAUUGGAGUAACAGGUUCAACUGGACUAUCACCUGGAGGGACAGGCACAACUGGACCAUCAGCUGGAGGGACAAGUGCAAUGGGACCAUCAGCUGGAGUGGCAUGGACAGCUGGACUCUCAGCUGGAGUGACAGAGAUAACUGUGUCAUCUUCUGGAGAAUCAGGGACAACUGGACCAUCUGCUAGAGUGACAGGUUCAACUGGAAUGACAGCUGGAGUGACAGGGACAACGGGGCUCUCAGCUGAAGUGACAGGGAUCACUGGACAAUCAGUGAAAGUGACAGGGACCAGUGGACCAUCUGCUGGAAUUACAGGGACAGCUGGACUCUCAGCUGGAGUGACAGAGAUAACUACACCAUCAUCUGGAGAAUCAGAGAUAACUGGACCAUCAACUGGCACAACCACUGUGGCAGGAAGAACUACUGGAGACCCAGGAAGUGAAUUUACAGCACAUGAAGCUGCAACUGGAGUACCUUCUGCAGUUUCCACAGGAGUCAGAGGUGAAAGCACAGCUUUCGCAUCAGGUUCCAAGGGAACCAUUCCUGGCUCAAUAAUUGCACCAGGAAGUACCACUACAGGAACUUCUGGUGCUGUCUCGGGCAAAACCCUCCAACCCGGAAGUUAUACCACAGAGGCCACAACUGCUAUAGGGAUCACCGGAGCAGGAUUGUCAGGAGGCACCACCAUUACCUCUCCUGAAGUCAGUAGCAGUUCAGGAGUGUCCAACACAGGUAUGACUGGAGUAGGCUCUGGAACAGCCAUUCAAACAGAAAUUUCCUACAGAGGUAGAGUUGAAAGAAAACCAUCUCUAACAGGAAAUGCCACCCCGGGGGCAGAUCCUGGCACAACUGUUGCCACCGGCAGGUCCAGUACAGCGACCACCACGGUUUCACCUGGACUCAGCAGAAGUUUACAGGGUCCCAAGACAGGUACCUCCAGUACAUUCUCUGGGACAACCACUAUAUCUGGAGUUUCAAAAGCAGCCACUGCUGGGGAGGCUCUUGGCACAAGUAUUGCUCCUGGCAGUUCCAAAACAGCUACCUCUGGGCCAGUCUCCAGAAAGACUCUGGAGCCUGGGAAUGACAACACAGCCACCGGUGGGGCAGCUCCUGGCACAACUGUUGCCCCUGGCAGUUCCUAUACAGCUGCCUCUGGGCUAGUCUCUGGAAAGAUUCUGGAACCUGGGAAUGACAACACAGAGGCCACAAAUUCCUCAGGAUUGGGCAGGACCACCCCGUCAGUAGUUCCAGGAGGUACUUCUGGUGAAUUCUCUGGGACAAUCACGGCACUUGGAGUUUCCAACACAGGGGCCACAACUCUCACAGAAGGCAGAGGCAGUACUGGAAGUGAAUCCGGAACAGCCACCACUGGGGUAGCCCCUGGCACAACUGUUAUUCCUGGCAGUUCUAACACAGGGGCCACAACUUUCCUAGGAGUAAGUAGAACAACAAGAGUUGGAAUAGCUACAGGUACUGCUGGUGUAGUCUCUGGAAAAACUCUGGAGCCUAGCAAUUACAACACAGGUACAACCACAGUUUCACCUAGAAUCAACAGCCGUUCACCAAGUUCCAAGACAGGUCCCUCCGUCAUACCCGGGAGUCCAACAUCUGGAAGUGAAACAGGUACUACAGGAGAAUUCUCUAGGACAGCCAUUAUAUCUGGAAGUUCCCACACAGCCACCACUGGAAUAGCGCCUGGCACAACUAUUGGCCCUGGCAGUUCCAACUCAGAGGCCACAACUUCUGUAAGAGAAUGUGGAACAAGAGUUGGAAUAAUCCCAGGUUACCUCUGUUCGGGGGCUAACUAUACUACUGAGGGCAUCUCUGACAAAACUCUGGAAACUGGAAGUGCCAACAUAGAGGCCACAACUAUCCCAGGAGGCAGUGGGAGCACUCGAGCAGGACUGCCAGGAGGUACCACUGGAGAAUUUUCUGGAACAACCAUUAUAGCUGGAAGUUCUAACACAAAGGCCACAACUUCCACAGAAGAGACUAGUACUACUGGAACUGGAUUUAAAAGUGCAGGCAUCACUGCAGCACCAGGGAACCAAGCAGGUACCUCCAGGGUAGCCCCUGGCACAACAGUUGCCCCUGGAAGUUUCAGCACAGCAACCACAACUUCUCCUGGAGAAAGUGGACUGACGGAAGUAGAAACCACUACAGAAACCACAACUUUCCUAGGAGAAAGUGGCACCACCGGAGCAGAAAUAAAAUCAGGAGCCACCACUGGAGCAUUAGGAAGUAAGACAGGCACUGCUAGAGUACCCUCUGGUACAAUAGUUGCACCCGGGAGCUCCAGCUCAGAUGCCACAAGUUUCUCAAGAACCACUGAGGCAAUAACAGUCCUAGGUAAAAAUGGGACAAGCCAAGACUACUACACCAGAGAGCCAAGUCUCUGGCAGUCAAACAGGCCCUUCCUCAUUGUAAUUCCAGACACCAAUGGAGUAGUCUCUGGCACAACUCUUGCACCUGGAAGUUCUAUCCCAGGAACCACCUCUGGAGCAUCAGGCAAUCAAAUCACUGGAAGUAAAACAGGCACCACUGGUGUGGCCUUGAGCACAACUGUUGCACCUGGAAGUUCCAGUACAGAAGCCACAACUUCCACAGGAGUCAGUGGAACCACUACAGCAGGGUGGAAAACAGGAGCUACCACUAGAGGGUCAGUAAAACAAGGAACUGGAAGCACAAUAGCUACAACAUCCGUUGGAGGUGGUGGAACCACAGGACGUGGAAUGAGUACAGGUACUACUGGAGUGGUCCCUGGCAGCACCAUCUCAUCUGGCAGUUCCAACACAGCUACCAUUGGUACGUCCAAGAGGUCAAGCCCUGGAAGUGAAACAGGCACCACUGGUGUAGUCUCUGGCACAACAGUUGCCUCUGGAAGUUCCAACACAGAGGCCACAACUGCUUUGGGAGGUAGUGGAACCACCAAGGCUGGAACUAAAAUAGUUACCACUGGGAUAACUACUAGUACAACCAUUGCACCUGGGAAUUCCAACACAAAGGCUAUAACUUCUAUAGAAGUUGAAACUACUACCACUGCAGUUGCAAUGGCAACUGGUACUACUUUAGGAUCAUCUGGAGUUUCCGGGGGCCCAGAAAAUUCCAGUCCUGGAAUCCCCACUAAAGCACCAGGGAGCCAAGUCACAGGAAGUAAAACAGGUUCCACUGGGACAGGCUCUGGAACUACAGCUUCACCUGGAGGUUUCAGAACAGACAACACUACAGGAUCAACGGGAGUCACCAGCAGCCAAGAAGGCACCAAUGGCACAGCCUCUGGCACAACAGCUAUUUCUGGAGUUUCCAGCACAGGUACCACUAAUGAAGCAUCUGAAACAACCAUUGCUCCUGGAAUUUCCACCACAGUUACUGCUUCCACAGGAGUCAAAGAAAUCUCUGGAACUGGAGUGCAAACAGGUUCCACCGCAGUUGCGGCAGGAGUCACAACAAGCCCACAUGUAUCCCAGCCAGAAACCACUGUAGUGACAACAGGGGAUCAAGAAACUGAAAAUAAAACAGAAUGUCUAGUAUCACUUCCACCAGCUCCAGUUUGUCAUGGUCCACUGGGAGAAGAGAAAACUCCUGGAGACACGUGGACUAGCAAUUGCCACAGAUGUACCUGUACUGCUGCAAAGACUGUAGACUGCAAACCUAAGGAGUGCCCUUCUCCACCCACAUGCAACACUGGAGAGAAGCUUGUAAAGUUCGAAUCUAAUGAUACUUGCUGUCAAAUCGGAUACUGUGAACCAAGAACAUGUUCAUUUAACAAUAUUGACUAUGAGAUUGGUGCUUCAUUUGAGGACCCCAGCAACCCAUGUGUCUCCUACUACUGCAAUAACACUGGCCUCAGUGCAGUGGUCCAGAACUGCCCAAAGCAGACCUGGUGUGCAGAAGUAAAUAGAAUCUAUGAUUCAGGAAAGUGUUGCUAUACAUGUACGAGUGAUUGCAGAUCUUCACCUAUAAAUGUGACUGUUCACUACAAUGGUUGCAACAAAAGAGUUAAGAUGGCAAGAUGCAUAGGGGAAUGCAAAAAGACUGUCACGUACAAUUAUGAUACCUUUCAGUUGGAAAAUUCAUGCCUUUGCUGCCGAGAAGAAAACUAUGAGUUCAGAGACAUUAUUCUUGACUGCCCUGAUGGCAGUACAAUACCUUACAGAUACAGGCACACCACAACCUGUUCUUGUUUAGACAUGUGCCACCAAUCUACAACCUCAGUGUACAGUUAA